UUUUGAUAUCUGGCUGAUUAAAUAGUGCACUGCUAUAUUAAUGGGAAUCAUAAGUUUAUUUUUUUAUUUUCAAUUUCUUUGAGCAACAAUACAACCAAGAUUUACAUUGAGAUGUUAAGGCAUGUUAGUAGCGCUCAAAAGGAGUUGGUUAUAAGUUCCAAGAACUUAUAAGAACUUACCCCCAAUUACAAUAUUCAUGCCACGUUUAACAUAUAAGGUAUUUUGAUAAAAGGAGGCAUUACAAAUCAAAGCGCAGUUACAGGAAUACAGAGUGUCUUAUUUUGAAAGCAAUUGUACAGAAAUAAGAAGAUAUCUAGUAGUACUUAUCGAAAAUGUUGCAAAUCAUCACGUUUAAAUGUUUGAGUUACCUGCAUAUUUUGUAAAGAUAACAUAUUUAUACGCGCUUUUAAGUUGUCGUAGCGUGGUAGGAUGUAACCCAUGUAAUUUUUAACAACAUUUAUGUUUUCAGGAAAUAUUUAUGCAAAACAAAGAAGUACAAUGAGGCCAUCUGAGAUGUUCUGACAGACCAUAACAUUAGACGCUUAUGAUGAGCAGAUCAAUUAAUAAUAUAUAGGUAGAUUCUUAUGUAGAUGAAUACAUGAAGCUAGUUUCUGCUACAUUGUUUAAAAAUAUUAUGUUAGAAAAAAUAGUAAUAGGGGCAAUGAUUUAGGUCAAAACUGAUUUGCAUAACUGGGUUUAGCGCUGGCUGUGUUCAUUAAAUUUACAUAAAUGUGCUCCACGUGAAUUUUUUGUCUUCUAAAAUGCAUGAGAAGUGAGACAAGCGGUGAGAAAGGGGAGGGGAGGGAGGGCGUGAAGAGUUGGGCAACACGUCCCACCAAGCAGGACCGGUUCGGAUUCACUUCUGCCCCCCUGUGGGUAAAAACAAACACGGCAUGGCAGCUUGACACCAAGGUUAGUGAUUAACCUUGCGUUGCCAGUCUCUCAGGACGGACACACACGCGCAGACGUCGGGACAGCGCUCUCACCGAGGCAUGCUGCCGCUCGGCCGUCACAUCCCACCACCACCACCACCACCACCAUGGGCGAGUGCAAUCACUACACGCCGGAACGGGCUUUAGCCGUGGAGGAGGACGGCGUGUCCGUGGCGUUUCACAGAGCUGUCAGCCACGACAACGACAGUCGCUUCCACGGCGACCAAGAGGAAGGCGAACGGGACGACGACGACGACGGGCUGACAGAGGAGACGGUUCACCUGCGAACUAAGGAUGGAGAUGCUGAAGAGGCGCGAGGGUCGACAGGAAGCGGGAAGUUACGGGAAGGCGGCGAGAAGGAGACGCUGCUGUGCCUGCCGGCGUUUUGCGCGCGGGGCGAGAAGACGGCAUCCUCCGGAGAAGUAAAAACACCCGACGGCCCAGAGAAACCAAAGAGAUGUCCCGGUCUGGGUCUGUUCUAUGCUUUCCUGUCUACAGUUUUGUUCUCCAUCAUCGCCCUGCUGGUGAAAACCAUCGAGGAUAUCCACUCCAUCGAGAUCAGCGCCAUACGCUGCUUCUUCCAGAUGCUUUUUGUCAUCCCGUUACUCAUCUACCACAAGAUAGGCUUCCUCGGUCCCCGGGAUAAACGGAUUUACUUGGUGCUUCGGGGUUUCCUCGGUUCCAACGCAAUGAUCCUGCUCUACUAUGCAGUUCAGCAGAUGCCGCUGGCAGACGCCACGGUCAUCAUGUUCAGCAAUCCGGUCUUUACCUCGCUCCUGGCUUGGGUCUUCCUCAGAGAGAAAUGUACAAUCUGGGACUGUGUGUUCACUCUGUUUACCCUCACCGGAGUCAUCCUCAUCGCUCGCCCGCCGUUCCUCUUUGGCGAGCAUCCCAGCGGCAUUGAAGGCAACUACACUAACCAUGUCAAGGGAACUAUUGCCGCCUUUGGAGGUGCGAUUGGAGCCGCUUUUACUUUUGUUGUUCUGCGAAAGAUGGGGAAGAGCGUCCAUUAUUACCUCUCUGUGUGGUACUACGCCGUCAUUGGCCUUAUCGAGUCCAUCAUCACUGUGUCCAUCCUCGGCGAGUGGAAACUCCCGUUCUGUGGCCGAGAUCGCUGGAUACUGAUGCUGAUAGCUAUUCUGGGCAUCGCCGGCCAGACCUUCCUCACUAAGGCGCUGCAGCUGGAGAAGGCCGGGCCCGUGGCCCUGAUGCGGACGGUGGACGUGGUGCUGGCCUUUUUCUUCCAGUUUGUUUUCUUUAACCGUGCGCCGACCUGGUGGAGCCUCGGGGGGGCGCUGUGUGUCGUGUUGAGCACCAGCGGAGUUGCAUUUCGGAAGUGGUAUAGCAGCUCUCGCAGGAGCUGAGAGGAGUACUGCAUUUCCAGGUGCCAAACAGAAGUUUGCUUACACUCAUCACAGGCACAACUUAUAUUAACUUUUAGUGAUGCAUUUGAAAAAUGUAUUCAUUGUUGUAUGAAUAUACAAGAAGCAACUUGAGGAGUUUCUAAACAAGAUAUUGGUGCAUAACUUUGAAUCUACUGUGGACUUUCUUUAAUCCCUGCAUGGUUAAAAUUCUCCAAAAUACAUACAUACGCCGCCAUUUAUUUAGAUAAAUUGUCACUUAGCAAGUUACAAAAAAGCCCCAACAUCUUGUAACCCCCAGAUACCCGAAUCACUGCAGACAGUGACUCGGGUAUCCCAACAUCUUCAAUUUGAUGAUAGGCUUAAGCCCAAAUCUCUGGUUUGUUCCUCAACAUACUUACUGACAGAUUUUCUUUCAUCAGCACUUUAAAGUUUGGGUUAAAGUCGUUGAAACUUUGAUAGAAUUGGACGUUCCAACUGGACGAUGAUUCUCAACACACAUAGGAGCAGAGUUUUUAAAAAAUAAGGCCUGCUUGCAUUCAGAUUCUGGAAAAACCCGGAUGUCGACCCCAUUAUGUUUAUUGACUAUGCCCAAAAAGCUAUAGAACCUACCAUCCAUCCAUUGUCUGUACCCGCUUAACCUUGCAGGGCGGGCUGGUGCCUACCUCCUCGGUCAUUGGGCCAGAGGCAUAAAGCCAACCAGAUUUCCCUAAAUGUUUUGAGCCCCUUUCCUCAAA